UACAACAACCGAAUGUGGUCUAGUAACUCCAAGGCCGAGUCUGUGGGCCUCCUCCCUGGUCGCAAGACUCUGGGCCCUCUGUUCCUGAUGAUCACCACUCCGGUCUUUGCCCUUGUUCUUUGGUACUGCCUGGUGGAGCUUGAUGGCUCUUUCGUGACGUUCUACCAGCUCAUCCAGGAGGUUGGGCUCAAGGAGGCGAUGCUCAUGUGCUGGCAGACGCCGAGCUGGUACGAGUACAAGAUUCUCGCGGUGUACUCUGUGUUUGAGCUCGCGCUGAUGAAGUUCCCUGCUGCGAUUGUGGAGGGGCCUGUGACGCCGAAGGGCCACGUGCCCAAGUACCUGGACAACGGCAUGUCUGCGUACGUGAUCACGAUGGCGGUUGCUGGCGUGCUUCACUUUACGGACGUGUUCCCGCUGCAGACUGUGUACGACCACUUCCACGGGAUGCUCUCUGCGCAGGUGAUCAUCAUGCCGACGGUUUGCGUGCUGCUGUACCUCAAGGGCGUGUUUGCACCGACGUCUGUGGACAACUACGACUCGGGCAACGCGGUCUUCGACAUCUACUGGGGCCGCGAGCUCUACCCGCGCAUCUUUGGCUUUGACGUCAAGAUCUUCUCCAACUGCCGGUUCGGCAUGAUGUCGUGGCCGCUGCUGCUGCUCGCGUACGCGGCGAAGCAGUACGAGCUCUACGGGUUUGUCUCGGACUCGAUGCUGGUCUCGAUCGGCAUCCAGUUUGUGUACCUGACCAAGUUCUACUGGUGGGAGGCCGGGUACUUCCGGUCGAUGGACAUUGCGCACGACGCCGCCGGCUUCUACCUUGUCUUUGGCUGCUGCGCGUGGCUCCCGGUUGUGUACACCUCGCACUCGCUGUACCUGGUCAAGCACCCGGUGGUGUGGGGCUGGCCGCUUGCCGGCGCCAUCUUUGCUGCCGGCACCGUCUCGGUUCUCAUCAACUACUGGGCCGACAAGCAGCGGCAGGACUUCCGGUCGACCAACGGCCAGCUCAAGAUCUGGGGUAAGGACCCGGUCAUUGUCCGCGCCGAGUACCAGACUGAGGAGGGCGAGUUCAAGAAGUCGAUCCUGCUGGCCUCGGGCUGGUGGGGCGUCGCCCGCCACUUCCACUACGUGCCCGAGGUCCUCGGCGCGUUCUUCUGGACCUUCCCCGGCGGCUUUGGCUCGCUCCUGCAGUACUUUUACGUCAUUUUCCUCGUCAUUCUCCUCACCGACCGCGCGUUCCGUGAUGACGCUCGGUGCCGGUCCAAGUACGGCAAGUACUGGGACGAGUACUGCGAGCUGGUCCCCUACCGCAUUGUCCCGUACCUUAUCUAAAAUCGAUGAUCCGGAA